AUGGGAAAGGGAACAGACAAGCUCUACAUCACCCACUCCGAGUGGUCGUCGUCAGACGCCUUCUCCUCCAGCACCGGCGCGCGCUCCAAAAACGGAGGCGCGAACUUUCGCCGGCUUCCUUUCAACUUUUGUGCCGCCAGCCUUCAGCCUUUCAAGAACCCCGUCUGUACCCCCGAGGGGACUAUAUUCGACGUCGAGAUCAUCAGUUCGUGGCUCGAAAAACACGACACGAACCCGGUCAACGGUGAGCCGCUCGCGGCCAAGGAUCUCAUCAAGCUCAACUUCUCCCGCAAUGCCGACACCGGAUCUGGGAUUGGAGAUGCUCAGGGAGACCUCAUUGAUCCCAUAUCCUUCAAGGUCUUCACAGACAACACCCACAUCGUCGCCAUACGGCACGGAACCUAUGCCAAUGUCUUUUCCUGGGACACGGUGGAGCGGAUGAACAUCAAGCCAAAAAUGUGGCGGGACCUGCUGGACGAUCAGGAGUUUGGGCGCAAGGAUAUCAUCACUCUUCAGGACCCACAGAACGCUGCAAGUCGCGAUCUGAGUCAGUUCCAAUAUCUCAAGGACGGCGGAGAAGCCCUUUUGUCUAAGGAACAGGAGGAGGAGAGGCUUGGUGGCAAUGUCAACAUCAACGCCCUAGGAAGGAUAGGCGACAAAGUCCUCAGGGCCAAGGAGGCGGUUGAGAGAGCAAGAAAGGAGCGCGAGGCAGGUGGCGAUGUCAAUCGCUCCAAGGCCCUCGCAAAGUCGAAUGUCACGGCCGUGCCUCGGAGUCAGAUGAUACAAGAGAAGAAGAGGGCAUAUAACGCGGCGGCUUACACGACCGGCAAGGCGGCGGCAAGUUUCACAAGUACCGGCUUGACACCCGAGACCAGCGGCGAGCGGGCGAUCUUGUCAGAGGAGGAAUGGAUGUUGAAGCCGAAGCGGGUCAAGGUCAAGGGCUACGCGCGGAUGGAGACCAAUCUCGGUGACCUCAAUAUCGAGCUGCAGACGGAGACGGCACCGAAAGCGGUAUGGAACUUUGUCAAGCUUGCCCAGAAGGGAUACUAUCAAGGAGUCGCUUUUCACCGCAACAUUCGCAACUUCAUGAUCCAAGGUGGUGACCCUACAGGCACGGGCAGGGGCGGCACGAGUAUCUGGGGCAAGAACUUCCAAGACGAAUUCGAGGGCCCUUUGACCCACAAUGCCAGAGGCAUCAUGAGUAUGGCAAACAAAGGCAAGAACACGAACUCCAGCCAGUUCUUCAUCACCUACAAGCCGGCCAGCCAUCUGGACCGGAAGCACACCAUCUUCGGAAAGGUUGUUGGUGGCAUGGACGUCCUCUCAAAGAUGGAGCAAGUGCCCACAGAUGGCUCGGACAGGCCUCUGAACAAGAUCGUCAUCAAAGACGUAGUCGUAUAUCUCGACCCAUUCGAGGAAUUCCUGAAGGCUAAGAAGGAGGCGGAGAAAGCAGAGGAGCGCAAGGCCGAGAUCCAACGCCAGGGUGGUACGGAAGACGACCAAACAACGUGGACGGGCAAGCGCAUCCGCAAAGAUGGCACCAUCUCCGAUGCCGAUUCGAAAGCUGGUGUCGGCAAGUAUCUGAAGGCUGCCAUGUCGCAGCAACAGGCAGAGGAUGAUCUCCAAGGCGACUCCGAGCCAGUGGAUACCUGGGAGGAGCAGCCGAAAAAGAAGCUCAAGACGGGCGGCUUUGGCAAUUUUGAUAACUGGUAA